AUGAUUGUUCAGCUUGCAGCUUUUGCGGCACUUGUCGCUGUUGCCCACGCUGGAUACGUGGCACCCUUCGGUGGACACAGCAACUCAUACAGGAAGCAAGAUGACUUCGGACGCUACAACUUUGGCUACGACAUCGUCGACGGCCACGGAGCGGCGAACGGCCGCCAUGAGACUGGGUCUGCCUAUGGACCCGUGGUUGGAUCCUACUACUUGGCUGACAUUGAUGGGCGUUCCCGUCGUGUUGAAUACGUCGCUGACAAAUUAGGUUUCCGUGCCGUCAUCAAGACCAACGAGCCGGGCACUAAGACCAGCCUUUCAGCAGCAGCUCCUGUCAUCUCCGCAUUUGGCAAGACAGUGCCUUCGGCAGGCUUUAGCUAUGGCGGUGGUCAUGGCGGCGGUCAUGGCGGAGGAUACAGCGUCAGCUAUGUUGCCGGCUUGGCUGGCAAGGGAGGCUAUGGCCUCGGCGGUGGUUUCCAUGGUUAAGCAUAUCCCUCGUUAAUUAAAGGUCAUCUCCUCAGGCAAGGGGAGAGAAAACUCCUGAGUCGUCUGCACUGUGAUGUUGUUCUGCUGAGCGCGCCAAAACUAAUUCAUGUACAUACGCUUCCUUCUCCUUAUGUGCCCGCAAACAUGCUUCCGCUGCU